AUGCAUAACGCUGUGGGUUCGUCGAGCUGGGUCGUAAGCCAGGUUGAUCAUACCAAACUGGCCCAAAUUGGGGCUAUCGGGGAGCUUCUGAUCGAGGGACCAAUAUUAUCACAUGGAUACCUGCGCGACCCAGAGAAAACAUCCGCUUCCUUCAUCCAAGACCCUCCAUGGUUACUGCAAGGCGGCUGCGGCUACCCCGGCCGGCGCGGGAAGUUGUACAAAACCGGAGACCUGGUACGAUAUAACGAUGAUGGCACUUUGUGCUUUGUUAGGCGUAAAGACGAACAGGUCAAGAUUCGUGGACAGCGGAUGGAACUGGGUGAGGUAGAACACUACGUCCGCGAGUGUGUCCAGGGAGUUGUGCAAGCUGCCAGCGAGAUUCUAUUGCCGGCCUGGGAAAAUGCCAAACCAGUAUUAGCGGCUUUCGUUACCACAAUCAAGUCUUUGAACGAAGAAGCCAAGAAUUUGGCCACUUAUCGAAUUAGUGCUAUGGGAUUGGGAAUAGAGGAAUCUCGCAAACUAGCAGAGAAUCUCCCGGAGUACAUGGUACCGACAGUAUACUUCACCAUAAGUCGAAUGCCAAUAACGGCAUCUGGAAAAAUCGACCGGAAGAAACUGCGUGAUCUAGGCGCCGAGUUUUUGACGCAACAGGCGAUAGAGCAAAAAAACACCAAAGGCCUAAUUCAAGAACGAUCGAUGGGGGUGACCGAGCAGCAGAUUCAACAGGCUUGGUCAAGAGUUUUGAAUAUUGACUCAGCGUUCAUAGGCCUGGAUGACAAUUUUUUUCGUCUUGGGGGCGACUCCAUCUCAACCAUGUCCCUUGUGGCCGAGUUACGCAAACUCAAAAUCCACAUAUCCAUCGAUGACAUAUUCAACCAACCGACAUUGCGGGACUUAGCUGGGUCGGUAACAGCUAUCGCACCCCACGAUGAAGGCCGUACCGGAGGAUCUAAGAAGGAUGAAAUGUCACCACAAGCCUUUGCUCUAUCGCCAAUGCAGGAACUAUUUUUCAGACUUCAGACUGACCCCAAUAUCUGCUUUGACCAAUGUUACCUCCUUGGGCUUGAACAAAGGGUUUCGUUCGAGGACGUAGACAGGGCCUUCCGGACAAUCAUAGGACGACAUGCUGUUCUCCGUACACGGUUCAAUAGAGGCAUGGAUGGCAAGUGGGAACAACGCAUUGCUACCAGUGUAUCCGAAAGUUACGUCUUCAACUCUGUCACAGUCUCUGGUGACCGUGAGUGCGCUCAGAUGAUAUCUCAAGCUAGGGGCAAGUUGAAUAUCAUGUCUGGCCCGUUGUUUGCGGCUUUGCUUAUUGAAGGAACUGAAGAACAGAGGCUGUUUAUCUGUAUUCACCAUGCUGUCAUGGAUAUGGUGUCUUGGAGGAUUUUGCUUCGAGAGCUUGAGCAGCUGCUUCUUGACGGGCAACUGACAGUCCCACCUGGAAUGUCUUUUCAAGAGUGGUGCUCUCUGCAGGACAAGCACAUAAGCGAGAGCUUUGCUCCUGUUCAGGCUGCUGAUGACGAGAAACCCAAGGUUCCGAGAGGGUGGGAACUUGCUCCAGAUGUUGAUGGAAUUCUUAGGAUUGAGUCUUUUGUAGUCGACCAGCGAGUCAGCUCAAAGAUUAUGGGCAUGAGCAACGACGCUCUACAAACAAAGCCUAUCGAGCUGAUGCUCGCAGCUUUGACCAGCUCUUUCAAUCUCGCAUUCCCAGAUUUUCAACAUCCCCGUAUCUUCGUCGAGAGCCAUGGUCGCGAAGCAUGGGACAACAACAUUGAUGUUUCUCGCACAGUUGGAUGGUUUACUACCCUUUUCCCUAUCCAGGUGUACCCAGGAUCUUCUUUGUUGGAAACUAUUAGUCAGACUAAAGACUAUCUGCGCGGUUUGCCUCGUAGAGGUUGGUCCUACUUCGCGUCUAAAUUUGUUACGGAGCAGGAGAAGGCAGCCUUCGUAUCUAAAUUCCCUGUCGAUGUAACCUUCAACUAUGUCGGAAUGUUCCAGCAGUUGGAACGAACUGAUUCGCUGUUCAAGACAUUGUCACUUCCGGAGAAUUGUCGACCGGUAUCCCUACCACAGUCAAAAAGGUUGGGAUUGUUCGAGCUAGAGGUAAGUCUAGAGGACGGUUGUAUCAAGGUGGCGCUUUUAUAUCCUGAGUCUGCCAACACUAAGAAAGAGGUUGAGCUUUGGAUGGGAAAUUUUAAAGAAGCUUUUGCCGAAAUAGCGCACACGCUUGCGAGCGUGUGA